UUGCUCUGGGUCCCAUGGCGCUCUGGUGGACUCUGGCCAUUGCUGUCACCUGCCUCAGCGGCCUCACAUCUCCGGGCCCCGUGCCUUCCACCACGGACCUCAGGGAACUGAUUUCGGAGCUGCGUAACAUCUCACAGAACCAGGCCCCGCUCUGCAAUGGGACCAUGGUGUGGAGUGUCAACUUCACGACCGGCGUGUACUGCGCAGCCCUGGACUCGCUCAUCAACAUCUCCGGCUGCCAUGCCAUCCACAAGACUCAGCGGAUGCUGAGUGGACUCUGUCCAGACAAGGCCAUGGCCAAGUAUGUCUCCAGCUUGCAAGCCCGGGACACCAAGGUGGAGCUGGCCACGUUUGUGAAUGAUCUGCGCAAAUACUUACAGUACCUGUACCGCUAUCCCACCCUCGACAAGCACCACUGAUGUGUGCGGGGCCAGCCCCAGGCACAGCAGCUGCCACUUCAUCUGCCUUUUGGCUGUCGGGGUGUCCCUGGGGAAGGGGGUAGGGGAAGGGAGAGGGAGCAGUAAGAAUUCCUAGUUUAGACCUCAUCUGUGCUGCCUGCCUUCAGCCCAGGCUCUGAGCAAGGGGGACAAGGGGACCACGCCCCUGCUUGGAGCAGUGGCAUCCCACAGGGUGCCAUCCUUGCCAGG